AUGGAAGAAUCAUUAUUGAAUUUAUACGAAAUCGAGCUAAGACAGAAAGAAAUUUUUCUUCUAACGCAAUUACACAUCAAUGAAAGGUUCUACGAGAAUAGGCCAAGAGGGAGGAUCAGAGUGAAGGUCCUAAAAACUAUGAUAGAAGCUUUAGAAUAUGGGAAUGCUUCAAUAAUAUAGCAAAGACUUAUAAAAGCAUAAAAUUUAGCAAAAUUUUUCUCAUAGAAAUGCAAAAAGGUCAGAAAAGAUAUAUCAAAUAAGCUGAUAGACAGGCAAAAUAGUGGCUGUGUUCAUGAGAUUGAGAAGUUAUUUUAUCGUAAUAAUGACCAGCUCAAGAAAUCUGAGAUGAUUUCACUAUGAAGAACAAAGAUUCCUGUUAAUUUACCAUUUCAGAGCUUGUUCUUAACUCUGAUCUCUCGAACCUCACAGAGUAUUUAUUUAUCACGGCUAGCGUUAAGUAGCAAGCAGUUUUGAAAAUUAAUUCAGUGAAGUAGCCAUGCAAAUCAACUAGAUUUAUCAUUUUGCUGUAUAAACUGUGGAGACUUGCAUGUUCCAGCUAUUCCGAACGAAAGUCUUUCAAAGAUUUACCUGAACAAAUGAUUUACACAGAAUGGGAAUGAUUGGUAUCAAAAAUCUCCAAGUAUCCAAAAUAUGCUAAAAUAUCUAAAAUUCACACUUUCGAAUGUAGAAAACAUCGGACUCGCUCUUGAAUCUCCAAUCCCUUCAGAAAUUUUCUCAAGACAGAUGAUAAUCCUCGGAAUGCACUAUUACCACUCUUCAGACCACUUAGAGUACAAUUUCACACACAAAAAAAUCCGUAAAAACCGAAGAAUAAUAAAAAAAUGAAUAAUCCAAUAAAUCC